AUGUCAAUAUCUAUCUAUCUAUCUAUCUAUCUAUCUAUCUAUCUAUCUAUCUAUCUAUGCCAAUUCAAUAUCUAUCUACCUAGAAAUGGAUUUGUCGACUCAUAUCGAUUGUUCCGUCUUCGUUUCUAUCUCUCUCCCGCACCCUCUCUCUCUCCCCCACUCUCUCUCUCUCUCUAUCUAUCUAUCUAUCUAUCUAUCUAUCUAUAUAUAUAUAUAUAUAUAUAUAUACAAUUAUCCAUAGAUAUCCUCAACAAGAACCCGAAAACGAACGCCUGUCGGAAAACUACUCGAGCGAGUUGCUAUGGUGACCAUGAACUCGGAGCUUUUCAAGGCUGUUACGUAUGUAGCCCGUCUCAAUUUGACUUCUUCAUUCAUACUGGAACAUAUGUAACUAUAAUUCCAACAAACUUCGCUCGAGGACAGUAUCUCAACUCUACUCCUCUUCGUAUAUCGCUGACCACCGGCGAUAAUAUUCCUUGUCAGAGCGAAACCUAUAUUGGCAUAGACAUCGCUGGGCUGCGACGCUUAUUCACAUGGGCAGUAGUCGUAGUAGACACUUUCAAUCCAUUACUAGAAGCAGACUUCCUUAGACAUGACGCUCUAAUUAUAGACUGCACUACUGGAAAAUUUAAUGACAACAAAACGGAACACUACACAGAAAGCAGGCAAGUCGAAUGA